GACCGGAGGCCCGGGUCCAACAUGGCGGCCUCCACGGGUCGCUGGCUUGUCCUCCGGCUUGCGCUACUCGGCUUCUUCCGGGAGGCGUCCGGCGGCCUCGGCUCAGGGGCCUCUCGCGACGACGACUUGCUGCUGCCCUAUCCACGCGAGCGCGCGCGCCUGCCCCGGGACUGCACACGGGUGCGCGCGGGCAGCCGCGAGCACGAGAGUUGGCCUCCGCCCCCCGCGACCCCCGGCGCCGGCGGCCUGGCCCUGCGCACCUUCGUGUCGCACUUCGGGGACCGCGCGGUGGCCGGCCACCUGACCCGGGCCGUUGCGCCCCUGCUCACCUUCUCGGUGCUGGAGCCCGGCGGGCCCGGCGGCUGCGCGGCGAGACGACGCGCCACCGUGGAGGAGACGGCGCGGGCGGCCGGCUGCCGCGUCGCCCAGAACGGCGGCUUCUUCCGCAUGAACACGGGCGAGUGCCUGGGAAACGUAGUGAGCUACGAGCGGCGGGUGAGCAGCUCCGGGGGGCUGCAGAACGCGCAGUUCGGGAUCCGCCGCGACGGGACCUUGGUCACCGGGUACCUGUCUGAGGAAGAGGUGCUGGACACUGAGAACCCCUUUGUGCAGCUGCUGAGUGGUGUCGUGUGGCUGAUUCGUAAUGGAAGCAUCUACAUCAACGAGAGCCAAGCCACCGAGUGCGACGAGACACAGGAGACAGGUUCCUUUAGCAAAUUUGUGAAUGUGAUAUCAGCCAGGACGGCCAUCGGCCACGACCGGAAGGGCCAGCUGGUGCUGUUUCAUGCAGACGGCCAAACGGAGCAGCGUGGCAUCAAUCUUUGGGAGAUGGCAGAGUUCCUGCUGAAACAGAAUGUGGUCAACGCCAUCAACCUGGAUGGGGGUGGAUCUGCCACCUUCGUGCUCAACGGAACGUUGGCCAGUUACCCGUCAGAUCACUGCCAGGACAGUAUGUGGCGCUGUCCCCGCCAAGUGUCCACCGUGGUGUGUGUGCACGAGCCCCGCUGCCAGCCACCCGACUGCCAUGGCCACGGAACCUGCGUGGACGGCCACUGCCAAUGCACCGGGCACUUCUGGCGAGGCCCCGGCUGCGGCGAGCUGGACUGCGGCCCCUCCAACUGCAGCCAGCACGGGCUGUGCACAGAGACUGGCUGCCGCUGUGAUGCCGGAUGGACUGGGUCCAACUGCAGUGAAGAAUGUCCCCUUGGCUGGCACGGGCCGGGCUGCCAGAGGCCUUGCGAGUGUGAGCACCAGUGUCCCUGUGACCCCCAGACUGGCAACUGCAGUGUCUCCGGAGUAAAGCAGUGUCUGCAGCCACCUGAAGCCACCCUGAGGGCGGGAGAACUCUCCUUUUUCACCAGGGCCACGUGGCUGACGCUCACCCUGGUGCUGGCCUUCCUCCUGCUCCUCAGCACCACAGCAAACCUGUCCUUGCUGCUGUCCAGAGCACAGAGGAACCGGCGACUCCGUGGGGACUACGCCUACCACCCACUGCAGGAGAUGAAUGGGGAGCCCCUGGCCACAGAGAAGGAGCAGCUGGGGGGCGCCCACAACCCCUUCAAGGACUGAAGCCUCAAGCUGCCUGGGGUGGCACGUCCCGAAGGCUUGUUGCCCCACGGUCCAGCUUCUGCAGGGGAAAUGUCCAGGCCCCUGGCACGGACCAUCUGAGUGUCCUCAGCCCCUCACCUGGCUGCCCACCGGGGCACCUGUGGCCCUAGCGAUCCCGUUCUCCCCGAGGGACUGAGCCUCCUGCUUCCUGCCUGCCUGUGUCUGCUGCCGAGAAGCCUGUGCAGAGGAGGGCCGCCGCGCUGCCAGAGAGUCUCCCUCCUCCUGGGGAAAGGGGCUGCCCGCAAACCGAACUCAGUGACCAAAUCAUGACAAAACAGCACAUCGUGGCUGGCGCCCCGGCUGCAGUGGAAGGGACCAGUUCAUCCUGUGACACAGGACCCCUUUUCUGGAUUUGCCAACUCGAAUUGGAUUUCCUGUCACGGGAAGCUCAUUGGAAGAAGGGAUGGGGGGUGAAAUCAUGUUUACAGACCUAUUUUGUCAUCCUGCUGCCAAGAAGAUUUUUUUAAUCACUUGAAUAAAUUGAUAUAAUAAAAGGAGCCACCAGGUGGGGUCUGGAUUCUG